AGAAUGCUAGAUUAAAAGGGUCAAGCAUCCUGCAGGUGUGUGACCCAUGGAUCAGAACAGCAGCAGUGAGGAGCUGCAAGUAAUUAGUAACGACCCCGUGGUGAGGAGGACGAGGACGGCCAUAGUGCAAGUGCUGGUGUGGUUCUUUAUUUACAUCGACAUCUUCAUGCUCUUCACCUUCUUCAGUAAGCAGACUUUCCGGGGCAACGCACGCUACAUCCUGUUUGCUCACACCCUGCUGGUGGACUCAAUCUACCUGUUGCUCACAGUACUGAUUGUGCUGAUUACCUAUAGCCAUCUGCUCUUUCCUGUGGGUUCCUGCAUCCUGAUCUGCAUUGUCAUUGAGAUCGUUAGCAGAUGCACGCCACUGACCAUCACUGCUAUGUGCUUAGAGCGCUAUGUGGCCAUCUGCAUGCCGCUAAGGCACGCUAACAUCGCCACUCCUAGAAGGUCGCUGGCUGCCCUCGUCAUCAUCUCAGCCUACAGCUCCCUCAUCCCUUUUCUGUACCUCUUUAUCCUGAUCGUCACGGCCCCUCCAGGCUACUUUGCAAAGCCGACCUUGUGCCAGUAUGAGAUCAUGAUUCUGACCGAGUGGCAUCGCUUCAUACGGAUUGUCUGGUAUCAAGUGGACUUAGCUGUGAUUGUGAUCAUCAUUCUGUUUUGUUAUGUUAAAAUCAUGCUGGCGGCUGUGGCUGCCUCUGGAGAGAAUAAGCAGUCUGCGUCAAAGGGGAGACGCACACUCCUGCUCCACGGCCUACAGCUCAUUCUGUGCAUAGUUGAAAGGUUGGGCCCCUACACUGAGAAAAUGGCACUGGAGCACAAUUUAGAGCUCUAUUUGACUAUACGAUACUUCAAUUUUGUGGCCUUGGGUAUCGUCUCCAGGGCUUUGAGUUCAAUAAUAUAUGGUCUCAGAGAUAAAAAGUUUUUCCUUGCUCUAAUGUAUUACACCACCUGCAGGUUUAAACACAAUAUGGCUGCUUAAAGUCUCUUCAGAGAUGACUCAGUAUAUGUGAACACCAUGAUAACACUAAUUCGUUAUGCAAGGCCUUUUUGGCAUGUGUAACUGUGAAUACGUCUGUCUCAAAUAUGCGCUUGAAAUAACUGAAGUCUUUAGAUGACAUUGAAAUUUCAAACACUGCUGAAGAUCCCUGAGUUAUCCCCAUGAAACAUGUUAAGUGUUGGUGGAAAUAAAUGUUGGUGAAUAUAAAUGUGUACUUUAAAACUGUAAGUCAUUUUCUGAAAUUUUACUGACGUAUAAAAGCUUUAAUUAUUUAAAAUAGUUUCUGACCGAGAUCCAAUUAGUGUAAUAGUUUAGUGCAAUAUGUAACUAAAAUUAUUAUGAAAAUUAGUGUUAUUUAUAUUCAGCGGUGAAGAGAAUGUGACAUGAAAAUUCAUGCUGUAGU